AUGGUGGGCUUCAACGCGGUUGUCUCACUCUUCGCGCUCGCUGCGCCGCUCGUCGCCGGUCACGGCAUUAUCUCCAACCCCUUGGCCGAGUUUACGCCCAACGUCAUGCGCACGACGUACGUGACGCGCAUCCAGGCCAACUUCCCCGGCAAGUUUGACGACUCGCCGCAGACAAACGUCGCCAACUUCAACAAGGCGUUCAAGGCCCAGACGCAGUUCAAGACGCUCCGUGACAUGCUCGACCCGCAAGGUCCCGACUGCGGCAACACGCUCACGAACGGCGCCAAGAAGGCGAUCCCGACCAAUGGCAUGAUGACGUGGCAGAACCCCGACACGGGCGAGGGUUUCAUCCCGAGCCACACGGGUCCGUGCGAGGUCUGGAUCGACAACAAGCGCGUGUUCCAGAACGACGACUGCGCGACCAACUUUCCGGCCAAGCCGGCGGCCAACCUCCCGGUCGACUACUCGAGCUGCGGCGCCAACGGCUGCAUGCUUCGCUUCUACUGGCUCGCCUUGCACGAGCCAAUGUGGCAAGUCUACAAGAACUGCGUGCCGCUGAAGGGCAACGGCCAGCAGCCGACGUCGGCGCCGAAGCCCACGGCCAAGCCGGUGAACCCAACGCCCAAGCCGGUCAACCCGACGCCCAAGCCGGUGAACCCGACGACCAAGCCCACGACCAAGCCCAUGUCCAAGCCGUCAGGCACGGUCGCGGUCUGGGGUCAGUGCGGCGGCAAGGACUACAACGGCGCGACGGCGUGCGUCUCGGGCACACGCUGCGAGAAGCAGAACGACUACUAUUACCAGUGCCGCCCGGCGUCCGAGUCGACCGAGAUUGAUGACGACGAAGAAGUCGAGAGCGACGAGGACGAAGACUAUUCGCGCCGUCUGCUUCGCCGCGCUUAA